UUCCCUCUACCAAACCCCCUCCCGUCUCGUUUCCUCUCCAUCCUUGCGUCAUUGUUUUGAAUGGAGCAUCCUCCCGGCUUGCAUUACCUUCUGUCGGAGGAGAACGGGGAGCGGUGGGGGCUUGUGGAGGCGUGUGCUGCAUCGACCAAUUGCAGCCCGCCUUCGCCGCCGGACCGCACAUGUUUACAGGCAGCAUUCCGCCGGUAGAGGCUCUGCUCGGUCGUAGCCACUCACGGAGUGGAGCCCCCCUGUAGCCGGAGCUGGAGUCCCCUAACGCUCGUAUUUCAACUGUUUUCAACAUCUGCGGAGGAAUGGCGAUGUAUACGGCCGAGCGAAGUGAAAUAAUUCGACGUAUUUUCUUCCGCCCUCCAAUGUCCAAGUCGUAUUUUUAUGUAUAAGCCGCCAUUUUGUUAAAUCGUGUACAAAUGUCAUCUCGGUUCCUGAAGGUCGUGAUUGGUCCGUGUUUUCCCGCCGCCCGCUCAGCUCGCAGGGAGCAGUGGGGAAAACAAACAGGUCGAACGGAGGAAGAUUGGUAGCCGGUUGGAUGUGGAGGUUGUUAGCGGCGAAUGAAUCGUCUUCGUGUUGUUGGUUUUUGACGGGUGCUAAUUCAAACUUGUUCAGUUUUCGGUGCUUUUGAGUACGGUGCAUUUAGGACCUUGUUUGGAGUUUUCGCCUUCCGAGUAUGUUGCCGCUUUCUAACAUUUUAUCAGGGCUGUUGGAGCGCGUAGUCUACCCGCUGCGGUUUUGUGUUUUCCUCGACGUUGUUUACCGGCUAUAAUUCGACGUUUAGUGUUAUAAAUUCACCGGUUCGCCGGCUCUGAAUUCGGUGAGACACUUUUAGACAUGCAUACGAGGCGUUUGGUGAAGCGGUCGAUCCUGGGCAGCCGCGUUUAUGCGCCGAGUCCGACGGGGGACGGUGCCCCGGUGACAGGAGUGGUCCAGGCUGUCAAGCAGGAAAACAGAGACGUGUCGGCCGUAGGAGCGCGGCGCAGCGUCUACACUGUGCUCAUGCAAGACGGGAGUCUCAAGGAGUUCUCCGAGGAGGAGAUAGCCACCGGGUUCAACCACACUGCAACCAAAGGGCCCCUCAAGUCCAGCCUGAAGCAGAGCUCAAGUAAUGGAGCUCCAGAGAGCCUGAAGGUAGAAGGCAGCUCCCUCAGCCCUGAGGCGGUGGAGGAGCAGCGGGUGGUGGACGGCAAGCGUGCUGGCCGGGACCCCGACACCCGAUCAGUGUCCCUGCUAGAGCAGAAACGUAAAGUGGUCUCCUCCAGCAUCGAUGUUCCUCACUCCAGACGGUCUGAUGAGGAAGUGGACAUGGACAAGGUGACGGCUGCCAUGGUGCUGACAAGUCUCUCCACCAGCCCGCUGGUCAGGAGUCCUCCGGUCAAAGUCAACGAGGGUCUGAGUGGUUCGUGGAAGGACAACGGCUCAGCUGGCCCCUUUACCCCUUCAAGCAACAGCUCUUCCGGGGGCUACUGGAGCUGGUCUGCCCCCAGUGACCAAUCUAACCCCUCCACACCUUCUCCACCACUGUCCGCUGACAGCUUCAAGCCCUUCCGUGUGCCCAGUCUGGGUGGUGUGGGACCUGGUCCUGCAGGGCCCGAAGACCCCAGUCUGGAUGAGCAAGAUGGCAGCAGUCUGCUCUUCGAUGAGCCCAUCCCUCGCAAGCGCAAGAACUCCAUGAAGGUGAUGUUCAAGUGCCUGUGGAAGAACUGUGGCAAGGUGCUGAGUACCGCUGCUGGCAUCCAGAGACACAUCCGCACCAUCCACCUGGGGCGUAACUGUGACUCGGACUGCAGCGACGGCGAGGAGGACUUCUACUAUACAGAGAUCAAGCUCAACACGGACUCUGUGGCCGACGGGCUGAGCAGCCUCUCCCCUGUGUCUCCGUCCGUCCUCUCUCCUCCUCCCCCACCCUCCCCUCUCCCCUCUCUCAGCCAGCUGCCGGACUCCCACAGACCUCCACAGCCCUCUGACACCAAGGAGCCUCACACUGGGGGCACCACUCCGCUCAGCCGCUCUGCACCCAGCGCACUCUACCUCAUCCACACGGACCAUGCCUACCAGGCCACAGCUCCAGUGUCCAUCCCAUCCAGCAACAGUAACUCGGCCGGCUCAGCCUCCACCAGCUUCACUCCUACUAACAGCUCCAGCUUUAGCAUCUCCUGGCAGUCACCGCCCGUCACUUUCACUGGGAACACGGUGUCUCCCAGUAAAAGCCAGGGCUUCGGUGAGCAGCGCUCCCAAACCAUCGCUGCCCUCUCAUCCCCUCCCCGAGCCACCACCGCCCUCAGGAAGGUGCGUGGUGAAGGGAAAAAGUGCCGUAAGGUGUAUGGGAUGGAGAACCGCGACAUGUGGUGCACCGCCUGUCGCUGGAAAAAGGCCUGCCAGAGAUUCACCGACUGAGUGUCUCCCCGCCAGCGUCGCGGCGCAGCACGCCAACAGGCUCUGCUGCCUUUCGCCAGAGAACGGGGGGGAGUGGCAUCAUUUUGCAUGCAUUUGGUUUUCUUCAGCUCAAAGUCGCAACUGUCCGUCAAGCUCCAGCUCCGUUCCCCCCUCAGCUCCGCUGAACCACUUCAGGUGUGGAAGGAACCUAAGGACAGCGGAGUCACCUUUUACAUUGCCGUCCAGGAUUCCCAGUAAUGCCUCGCCAUUCCUGUCAUUCCCAGUUUUGGGAAACCCCAGUGCAGCUAAACAGUGUAAAGAGAAAAAUAGAUCUAAAAGAUUUCUCCUGUUUUUUAUGUUGGGUUCAGUGUUGCAUCUUUCUAUGUUUUGUAAAGCUCUGGUUUUUAAAUGGAAAGUCUUGUCAAAGAAGGGGUCCAGAACAAAGGCCAAAAGCUUUUUUUGUGUGUGUGUUUUGUUAAAAGAAAAACAUUUUUAUCCAAAAGAAGAAUGGGCCUCUUUGCUGCGGUUUUUGAAGAACAUUAUGAAAAAGCAUGGAGGCAAGGCUCGCAGUUUUUUGUUCUUCCUUGUUCAUCUCUUGUUUUAUUUCUGGACUCUUUGGAGGUGAUCUUUUAUCACCGACUUCACAGCCUCUUCCUGUAUCUCACCUGCUCUUCACUCCUGACAGCCCCGAGGGAAUGUACGGCAGAGCCGGGAAGGGCAGGUUGACAUGCAGAAAGAAAGGAAGGAAAGGAGACACACAAGGUGAAUGAUCAAUGCAAAAAAAAAAAGAUAAAAUUUACAGUCAGGGAAAGCAGAUGGACCAUGCCAGUGAUUUGCCACAUAAAAACAGCAUUAACACACACACACAUACACACACACACACACUCAAACAAACAAACACACAAUCAAAGCAGAAGACAGGAACUGUUUUCUAUGUCACUUUGAUUCAUUUUCUUUGUUUUAUCAGGGAUGUGAUUCUAAAGAAAGCAAAAACCAGCAGCUAAAAACUUGGGGUUAUACUGUAUACAGCACUAACUCAAUUGUUUCUCUUUUUCAUCACACAUGACAACUUUGCAACCAAAAACUACUUUAUCUUAUUUUUUCUGUUUUUGGUUUUUGUUAAGGUGCCAUGUUUACUGUUGUUGAUGUGGUUCUAGUCCCCCUGCCCCAUUUUGGGUGAAACCAAGACUGUUUACCUACAACCUGCUAAAGCAAGUGUGUUUAAAGACCUUCCCGACAGCACUGGAAGCAUGAAGUCAGCAGUGUGUGAGGCCAUAAAAAGUCUAAACAUUUUUAAUCACAUACAGAGAGACGAGAUUGCCCUCCUCCUCGACUUUUACACCUUCCCAAAGGGAACAAAAUAUCUUUAUGUUUACGUUUGCCACAGAGGCGCAUCUUAAUGAUCUGUUAACCAAAGGGGGAGGGCUGAAAACCAAAAGUGAGGCACUUGCACUGUAUGUGUGUGUAACGGAGCACUUGGUACAUUUGUUGCUACUUCUGCAGAGUUGAAAAUGUUCCUGUGUUCCACAAACACAAAUACUUGACCACCCAGACGUGGCUACUUCCCCUUUGUCAAACCAUUAUGUGCUCCAAGAGUUUUGAAAAAGUGUGGAAUAAGAUAUAAGCACUUGAUUAGAUCACUCCCUUCGUUGUUUAAUGUGCAAUGCACGCUUCAUUCACUCGGCAACGUGCAAGCAAAGCUUCGGCUCAAGCUCCCGUGAGAGUCGUCGGGAUCGACACGUGAACUCGUCACAACGUAAAGAGUGGCAUUGGUUGAACUCAUGCAGUUAUCUGAUUUGUCAUUUGAAUGUGUUUAUUUGAAUUCCAGCCUCCUUGUUGAGUCAAAGGCAGGAAACUAAAUUAUAAGGCCAAAUAGUGUACGGAUGUUCACUUUGUACUGAUAAAUGGACCAACUGGGGCUGCGUUCAGCUUUGUUCAUGUACUCAGAUUGAUAGAAAUGUCCUGUGUUCAAGCUGAGACAAAUGUUUCCACCAACAGGAAUAUUGUGAUUCUGUUUCUGCAUUUAUUAUCUGCGUUAUAUGAAAUGUUGCCGAAUGCGCGCUGAAACCUUUAUUGGCAUUUCUGUCAGAUAUAUACACACACACACACACACAUACACACGCGCAGGUUUGUUCAACAACAGAAUUAUUCAGAACCAACACCAGCUAAUACGCUCACAUGCUCCCUCCAUUUAAUACACAGUACUUCCGCACCUGAAAAUCGUAGCUCUGUCAUGUUUGCUCAACUGUUUCUAUUUUGUCAUUUUUUUGUGUGUCUCUUCAUGUAUGUAUAUGUAGUUCUUGUAUUUUCUUUAAGCUUCACGUCUAUGACCAGUUAGCUCGGUCAUCACAUCUGCCACGUUAUGAACAAGGUUCGAGUGUGACGUCGUGUGAGGAAGUGAUGUUCCUGUUCACCGUGUCGGGCUACUAUUGUUUUGAAUAUAUGGAUAGCCUUAAAGUCACUUUUUAAAAAGAAUCAUUGUGCUUCUUCCAUGUCUUUACAUUGAUGUUUCAGUAAGAAAUAUUUAGAUUAUCUCAAAACUGAUUUGCCAUUGUAUUAUGUGAACGUAUUAUUGUUUAAGAAAAGAUAAAUCUAUAUAUACAUAAAGAAAAAAAACACGUUGGAAUUUUAGAUUCAAAGCAAACAAAACAUUAAUUUGGCUGCUUUUUUCAUAUAUAUAUAUAUAUAUAUGAAUAUAUAUAUUCUGUUUAUGAAUUUUGUUUUCAUGUUCUGCUGAAGGUUUUUUUUUUGUGUGGUUAUUGUAACUAUAGGAGGGAGCCCAGGAGUAAUCCUCACUGCAAGCCAAGCUUGUUAUGCUCUUUUCAGUCAGUGUGACCCACACGCUCCCGCCUGGAGCUCCUUCACAUCACGCUCCCCGCUGCUGGCGCUGCUAAGCAGUCGAAAACCGCGGCUGAUUAAAACCUUUAUCUUAUUUCCAAUUCUCCCCUGCCGGAGUCACACGAGCCCACUUUCAAUUAGUUUGAUUGACAUCUCGGUGUGUUUGCAGCCGUGUGCGCAUUUGCACGCUUCUGUUUGUGAACGUGAAGGAGCCCCUGGCAAAGUAUCCCUCCCUCCCAAGUAUUUCUCUCGCUCCUCCUGAGGAGUUACACACCUUUAUCAAAUGGCCUGUGGCGUUUAGGUGUCAGGGUGUGUGCCGGUCGAGUCCAUGGCGAGUCACCUGACAAACAUGCUUUGGGGGUUCAAGGAUGUUUUUGUUGCUCCAGACCUCAGUGGCUGAUGUGUUUUUUUUGUUUUUUUCAUGCACUUCCCAUUCCCCAUCAUUGUGGUGCUUCGUGUCUUUGUUCGGACCGUCUCCUCCACUGGUGCGUGGAAAUAUCUGGCAGCCAAUCGGAUUCUUUCAGGAUUCUGUCUAGGAACAAGUCCCUGUUUUGAUUCUGUAAAUGGCAGCAUCUCCAGGCAGCUAAUUUUAAAAGAAGUUCUCUCUUGAUUGCUGAUCCUAGAUCAGCAUUGAGUCGAUCAAAUGGCUUGUAAUAAAAUUUGUCCAAAAUAAGCUAAUGUCGCACCCUUGUUCAGGGUGAAUCCAAAUGACCUCAAAAGAUAUUUGCUGCCAUCUCCUUGUCGGUCAGUGCGGAACUCGGGAUUUGUUUGUGGGCUGCAUCCUGGCCUGAGAACACCUUGGUCCCAUUCACUGCCAGUGGCACAAAGAUGGCCUUCACUUUAAGGGGCUUUCAAAGACACUCAGCCCAGGUCUGUCUCUGCAUACUGUACAUUCUGGUGCUGUGGCGGGGGAGACAUGGAGGUGCUAUGCUCCCAUGCAGUGCUGUUUCUCCCAUGUGUCUUCUGAUCAUAUUGACUCCAUUUUGUACAACGUGUUAUGCUGUAGAACAUGAAAAUAAAAACACCCUGCCUCAAGUAUA